GGACCCUGGAUUUCCCAUCACGACGCUGGCUACAUUUGUGAGUUUCUUCGUCUUCCUGACAAUCCUUCCACCACUCGACACGCCGCUUUAACGAGGAUGGCGAACACAAAGCGAGCCACCGACGUGUGUCCAAUGACUCCGUCACUGGAUCAAGAUGACAAGAUUACUUUGCGCAAUGCUACUGAGUCUCCACUUCUACGCCUUCCAGCUGAGCUAAGGAAUCGAAUCUAUGAAUAUGCGCUCGCCCUCAAGAUUGGGUACGACGGCAGCUAUAUUUACUAUAUUCCAGGUAACAGUUACCGGGGUGAAUUUCGACCAUUCGGUCUAUUGCGCGUGUGCCGUCAGAUUCAGCAUGAAGCGGCCUUGCUACCUUAUUCACUCAGUAUCUUCACAUUCAGAAAUGCCAUUGCCCUGCGUAUAUUCGUACAGCAACUAUCGACAUCACAGCAAAAUGCCAUCAGAACCAUACAGAUUGGUAAGGUAGAAUGUCUGCCCAGUCAGUCGGAAGAUUUUGAUAUAAUCAAAUUCGCUCAUCUGAACCGACUGGGAGGACUACAAACAAUUGUUAUCGAAGAGGACCGUGGAUUUGCAGAGAUAGUGAGGUCCUGGAAGGCCGAUGUCAUGGUCAGGGUCUGGAAAUCCGGAGACGAUGUAGACAUGUGGUAUCCCUGGUGUUGGUGGUAAGCAGGGCAAAAGAUGCCUACUAGCAGUCUUGAUAGCGAGAGGAAGUAGAG